GGGAGGUGGCUGCCGUGCAGGGCACCGGCUUCGAUCUCCGGCAGCCCGUGGAACUGGGGAAGCACUUGCAGAAGUUUAACCUGGACGGCUUCGACCACAACUUCUGCCUGCAGCAGGCUCAGGCUCGACGCCUCGUGGCCAGGGCUCGGCACCCACCCUCUGGCAGGACCAUGGAGGUUCACACCACUCAGCCUGGCAUCCAGUUUUAUACCGGGAACAACCUGGACGGUUCCCUGAAGGGCAAAGGCUCCGUUGUGUACCCCAAGCACUCGGCUUUCUGCCUGGAAACCCAGAACUGGCCCGACGCCGUCAACAAGCCCCACUUCCCCAGCGCCCUGCUCCGACCGGGUGAGGAGUACAACCACACCACGUGGCUCCUGUUCAGCGCUGCUUGA